AUGUCGUUAGCCGUCCACCAAGACGACGCCGACGUGUUGUUGCACCUGAAAAAUGUCCUUGACGACCGCAUCGUCGAGAAGUACCGGGUGGCGGGGCAGAUCGUCCAGACGGCGCUCGUGUACCUCGAGCUGAUCAUCGCCAACCCCCCCAACGGCGCCAUCCCCACCAUCACCGACCUCUGUGUGUUGACCGACUCGUAUAUGGCUAAGCUCUUGGCCAAAGCGUUCACCCUGGUCAGAGAAAAGGGGAUCGCCGUGCCCACCCAGAUCGAUAUCAACGAGUUGGCGCUGGGGUUCGCGCCGGAAGUCGUUGACGAAAAGGGGUCUACCUACGUGUUGAGCGUCGGUGACGUCGCCAAAGUCACCUUGGGGGUCCAUAUUGACGGGUACACUGCUACUGUCUCGCACACGAUCGUUGUCUACCCUCAAGAAGGCGAAAGAGCGCCGUUGGUGGGUGCGAAGGCCGACGCCGUGUGUGCCGCCCACGUGGCCACCGAGACGUUGGUGGCGUACUUGGGGCUUGUGUUGGCUCCGGAAAAGACCCCCCAACUGUUCAGAGUUAACGGCGCCGCUCAAGUCACCGGGAGCCAGAUCCGUCAAAUCGUCGACACUAUUGCCGACGCCUACAACUGUGUCGUCGUCCCUGGCUCGAAAGUGAGACGGGUGAGACGGUUCUUGGCCGGUCAGGCUGAAGGUAUUGUCGCUGAACGUGAGUUCAAGGGUGUGGUGUGGGACGAAUCGCAUCAGGAACUGAAGUUGUUGGCUCAGGCCGCGGGCACUGACCUCAUCAAGCGCGAUGCCACCGUCAAAUCCGACCCUAACCUGGCCAUCCCCACUGACGACUUCGUCGUUGAAGCCGGCGAAGUGUUCCAGAUCGAUAUCCGCAUGGCUCCGAUGAGAGAGAUGACUACCGCCGGUAUCGUUACCCUUGAAGAGAUUGACCAUUUCACCGGUAAGAACGGUAAGAACGAGUUCAAUUGCCGCCCCACGAUGUUCGUCCGUGACUACGCCGUCACCCACCAGCUUAAAUUGAAGCUGGCCCGCAAAUUGUUGGCUCACGUCGACAAGAAGUUCACUGUGUACCCGUUCAAGCUCACCUACUGCCUGAGCCAGUUCCCCCUCCCUGAUGAGCUGGCAGAGACUCUUGAAAAGCUUGUGGCUGACGUCAAACAGAAUAAAUUGGGGCUUGCCGAAGUGCAGAACCGUCACUUGGUCAAGGCCAAGCCGAUCCAAAUGGCGAAGUUUAUCGACUUGAAGACCGUGGUCGACAGUUGUACCACUACCGGAAGACACGGGGUCGACGCUGCUAAGCCGGUGUUGCCCGGGAUGGAGGUGCCCUUGCCUCAAUUGGGGAUGACCCUGUUGAAGCUUAAGCUGUUGCUUAAACACGCGGUGCUGGUGCCCGUUGUCCGCGAGGCGACGACGGUGGUGUUGAACCAGGUUGACGGUGAGGUUCUUCGGUUGACCGGGGGGCUGGCGGCGCCGGUGGCGUACGUGCACUCCGACUACACGUUGCCGGAGCUGGUGGCGGCGCCCAUCGGCGAGUUGAUGGCGUUGACUCAAGACGCUAAGUACGGGUUGACGGUCAAGCAGUGCAAGCACUACAAGGUGGACUUUGGCGCGUCGGAAAUGCAGCUUGACUGA